GUAUGAAUUUCAACGUCAUGAUUAAAUCUUCAACCUUUAGGAUACUUUCCAUUGUUAGAUAUUUUUCUCCCCGUUUUGAGCCAAAGAAAAGCACCACAAAAGUGGAAUUCUUAAGAAAUUUUACUGGGGUUGUCAAAUUCAGAGCACCCAUUUUUUCUAAAAUUGUUUUUGUUUAAGAUAUGGUUUGGAAAUACAAUGCCGGACUGGGGAUGAUAGGAGCUUUUGUGUUUAUAUGGGUUGCUUCUGCUGAGGUUACCCAGAAAAUUUUUGUAGAGUACAAACAACCUUUUGCGGUUACAUAUCUGGGGAUCUCUCUUAUGGCAAUCUUCCUUCCUAUAGCAGCCUGUAAAGAUUGGUUAUGCUGUUUAUUAGAAAAAGGUUCCUUAAAGAAACUGAACAAUGAAAAUCUUCUCCUGGACUCAGUUCUUGAUGCGACACUCAAACUUAAUGACAUGCACAACCAUUCCGAAGGAGCUUUGAAGGGUUACCUUACAGAAGACAUGGAUUAUGGCGACCCGGAAGAAGGCUUUCCAUUGGUUGAUAGCAACCAUAAAGAUGAGUUCCACUUUCUUGAAGAGAGCUAUGAACGUAACUCAUGGGACCUUGUCAAAUGUAGCCUGUAUCUUGCUCCCAUAUGGUUUGCAACAGAGUAUUGUUCCAACUCUGCACUGGCGAAUACGAGUGUGGCUAGUACUACUAUUUUGACCUCUACAGCAGGGCUUUUUACUCUUCUUUUUGGAGCACUCCUUGGUCAGGAUUCAAUAAAUAUUACAAAGAUGAUUGCGGUUAUAGUCAGUAUGACUGGUGUAGCACUGACUACAGUUGGAAAAACAUGGGCUUCAGAUGAAAUGCUCAGUGUAUCUGCGACUGCUAAGCAUUCCAUUAUAGGUGAUGUUUUUGGUCUUUUUUCAGCUUUGUGUUAUGGCCUAUUUACAGUGCUCCUCAAGAAAUCUGCUGGAUCAGGAGAAAAGGCACAUAUGGAGAGGUUCUUUGGAUAUCUUGGAAUAUUCACUUUGCUUGGCCUUUGGUGGCUUGUGUGGCCACUAAAUGCUGUUGGGUUGGAACCUAAGUUUGAUUUCCCAAGCUCAGCUUCUGUUGCUGAGAUUGUGCUGCUGAAUGGAUUUAUUGGUAGUGUUCUGUCUGACUACUUAUGGGCGCUCUCAGUAGUAUGGACAACACCAUUAGUUGCGACACUGGGCAUGUCAUUGACCAUACCUCUUGCUAUGAUGGCUGACAUGCUAGUUCACGGACGUCGUUACUCUGCAGUAUACAUUUUUGGCUGCGUUCAGGUCUUCGCUGGAUUCGUUAUAGCUAACAUCUCUGACAACUGUUCCUGCCGAAGAAGAUAACCCCGAAAGGCUACUCAGCCCAAGGUGGAGAGCAUUUUUAUUCCUCAAGUGUAUAAAAUAUAUACUGGGGUAGAAAAAUAAAGUUUCUUCCCCUCAAGAACAAGAUAUGUGUGCUAAUGCUAUGGUGUAAUUGUGAUAUAGCAUCUCAAACUAUAUAUAGUUUGUUAUUUUUGCAAUAUGUAUUCUUUCUUCAUGGAAGUAUUUAAAUUUCUUGUCAUCUGCUA